CUUUUUGCUUCAUUAAGAUUGUUAGCGGAAAUGACAAAUUUGUAACUAAAUUCACUUUAUAUUGUAUUACUGAUGAUGAUGAAGAAUUUAGAGAAAUCAUCUACAAAGGCUUCGCAGCAAAUGCUAAAUCAUUAAUAUCUAAUUUUGAAAAAAAUUCUAUUGUAUAUAUAGUUGGAAGAUAUAUCUAUAAUAAAAAUAUUGAAUAA